UGAGCGCACCAAUGCCACAGCCGUGCACCGUGUCGCUUGGCGAAUAUGUUCAGGCAUAUAUUCCCCAGGAAUACAUGUCAAUGGUGGUUUCUGGGCUACUAGACAACGCUGAGCUGGGCGACGACCGGAGCCUUCGACUAGCCGCACUUGACACGUUGGCUGACUGCUGCAAUGGUGGGCUUCUUGGUGGAGCAGAUAGGCUUGAACUCAUAUUCCCCGGCAUUGCAUCAGUGCUGGCACGGAUCGCGUUGGGCAGGGCACCCGCUCCCAGUACGCCUAAGGCCGACAGCCAGUUUAUCAAUGAUAUGCGACAACUGUCGCUGGAAUGGGCAGAGCUAUCGGAAGCCGCCAGCAGCAGUGCGGGCACGGGCUAUUGAUGCGUUGGCUGCAGCUGUCGUGGCUGUAUACGGCGAUGCGCGCAAACAGCCGUCUAGUAAAAGUACUGCGAUGGGGGAGCUAGCGAGUCGGGCGCGGUUGUUGGCAACAGCAAGCAUCGUACAGAACAAGGCAACUGAUACUGACGAUGAUCCGAGUGAAAGUGAUGGGCAAUUGCAGUUCCAGCGUCUGUUGCGCAGGUUGGCAGAGCUGCGCCAUACGGAACACCUAGUAAUUGCCAGUGCGUUGGAGGCGCUAUUUGCAGACAUCGUUAUGAGCUGUGCCAGCAUGCUGCAAUCGCCAGCAUUCUCUACAGCCGUUGAGGCUUGUCUGAUCUUGGCCAUCACACGCAAAUCCACAGAGGGUGACAGUGAUACACUUUGCCGGAUUGCAGACAAAUGCUGGACUGAGGGCAUGGGCCCGGUGUAUAGACACAGGAUUGGCGAGCUGGCCGAGUCCUGCUUUAGCCUGUUUGAGCAGUACAUCACUGGGAAUUCAGAGUCUCAGCGCAGAGAUGUACUGUGCUUGUUAGCAGGGUAUAUGCGCGUGCUGGGUCCGAGCGACACACAGUCACUGAUGCUGCAGUGGUGGUCUACGCGUGGUGUAUUGUCGCUGAUUGCGUCUUUGACAGUCUCGCUUCCCGGAACGUCGCUCUUGAUAUCUGAGGUUUCCAGCACUAGUGACCCAAAGGAGUCGGUUGACUACGUGCUGGACUUUUAUCGUACACCGGAACUGAAACUUGCGCUAGACAGAUUUGUUGGGCAGGUUGUCGAAUCAUUCACAGCACGAAGGCUACGGACACUGCUUAUCGGGCUCUUGGAAACCCAGCCUGACAGUGUCCACUCGCAGAUGCUGUGGCUGCUUUCUCGGAUUACAUCUCUGGGAGAAAGCGAGUACAAGGACGGCGAGGAUGCUGAGUAUCAGCCGGUAGUCGAGUACAUCGCCAACUAUUUCAACAAACUGCAGUCGGCCAGUGACGAGGAAACGUCAGACAGCAUCCAGACGAUCGACGCUGCCAGCCAGGAUGUCUUGCAGUCGUGCAUGGUACUAAACACGAUAUCGACCGUUGUGCCUCGCAUCGGCACCAGCAUAGCCUACUACAUGGACUCGCUGUUGUUUCCACUGCUCGAGACGACAACUGCUCAGUCACCUGUGGUGCGUGAGCAGGCACAACAGGCACUGGCUGUGCUUGCUCGCACCUCUGGUACAGUAUCGAUCCCCGAUAUGCUUCGCAGCAACAUUGACUAUAUUGUCGAGGGCUGCUCGCGACAGCUGCGCAUAGUUGAUUUACAUCCAAAAGUGUUCAACAUCCUCAUUGGGUGCGUUGAUCUGGUUGGCGAAGGAAUCCUGCUGUACAUGGACGAUGUUGUCGAGGACACAUUGGACGUGUGCGAGUCAUGGAUGGAUGAUGAUGUGAUGAUGACCAGCGCACUGCGGUUUUUAGGAGGUCGUUACGCGCACCGUAUCGACGUCUCAACAGCUGCUGGACCAAGAUGCCCGCAAACUGCUAGAUGAUGGGCACAAUACAGCUGCAAAGAGAUCUAAGGACAUCAUCGGCGACGUGCUAGACGAACUGCAGAAAACGGAGGACCAAGAGCGGCUGUUUGAGUUCACAACCAUUGGCAGCGACGAUGCCAAUGAUGACACCGACAUGGAACAGAGUGCGCUAGCUAAUACUGACGUGGCUAGCGUGGACGACCCAUCAGAAGAGGCGGCUGGCAAUCCGCUGGCGAUAAAAAUCACACUGGUUGCGCAAAACUUCCUGUCACACAGCGGCGCUC